AUGUUCGACUCGCGAACGCUCGCCAGCAUGCUCCGGUUCAACCGCGUCGGCAGCUUGCUCGUCGCCGUCGUACUGAUCUUCGUCCUCCACACGGCCCUCGGUCCAUCCUCGAUUUCAGAGAGCGCGUCCCCUCCCGCCUCGGACAUGGCACCCUCUGCCGCCGUUGUUCACCAGCAGCAGCAACCAAGGAGCCUCGACAGGCCGCAAGAGGUCCUUGCCGUGCCGCAAGAGUCGCUCGAACACCCACUACGCACCGCCAACCAGGAUGUCGACUUUGAACACCUGGACAUUAGUACCGAGGGCUUCGUCACCUAUGACCCUUCCCAAACGGCACACCCCAUCCAGCUCCUCAUCGACCGCGGCAAGCAGCACUGGGCUCAGAUCAAGUCUCGUAUCGACAAGGUCCGUUACCUCGACGAUGCCACCGCCGACUAUGAAGCAGCGUACAAGAUGAAGCCUCCCCUCGGGUUUGAUAAGUGGUUCCAGUACGUCCAGUCCAACGACGGCGUCAAGGCCGCGUCGCUGUAUCCGAUGGCCCAGCUUCCGUUUGUCCAGUACCUGUCCAUCUCGGGCAAGGAGCUACGCAAACGGAUCAAGGCGCAGAACGAAAAGCCCAUGAUGUACACCCUCAUCUUUGUCCCCGAUGGCCAAGGCGACCAGGGAACCCAAUGCGACGAGGAUGGACAGUGGUUCCCCGAGGACGGCAAGACCCGCGGCCGUGGCCGCGUCAAGGUGUCUGGCCCGCUCGCAUGGUCGUGGCGCUGCAACAACACUUUGAACCUCAUGCUGCCAAUUUUGCCCAAGUUCCCCGACGACUUCUUCAACCGCGACCCCCCUCUCGAGAUGCUGUUCAACACCGACGACGGACCCCGCAGCAUGGUUACUCACGACUUUAGGGAGCGCGCUGAAGUUUACGGCGCGUCAGGCAAAACCUGGCCCGAUGCGCAGCUCAAGGCCGCCGAGCUGGCCAUGGAGCACACUCACGGCUGGCAGUGGGUGUGCCCCAUGGACAGCCCCUUGAAGCAGCAGACGGUCACGCAGGUCUUGAACGAGGACACCACCAAGCUGAGAAAGGCUAGCGACAGGACCUUUGUGGCCGACCAGUACAAGAGCAUGGACGUCUGCUACAACCCAGAGAUCCGAGACUUGCAUUCCGCGGCUCUUGACGACCACUUCCUCUCCAACGGUCCUCUUACGCCCUCCAUCUCGGUGUCUAGGACACUCCGACACAGCGAUAUUACCAUGGUUCCCCUGGAUGCUCAAUACCAGGACGUGGCCAAGAUUAAGUGGUCCUCCAAAAAGGACGCGAGGGUGUUCUGGCGUGGCUCCACGACCGGCGUGUCGCAGAGCAACGGACACCAGUGGCGCAAAUCCCAGCGCCAGCGUCUCCACUGGUUCGCCAACAACCACACCGAGGCCAACGUGCCUGUCCUGAUCGAGCGCCCAGGCAAGGGAGUCGUCACUGAAGAGUUCCCUCUGCAGCAGAUGAACGAAAAGUGGUUUGACAUUGGCCUCGCGGGCGGCCCGCACCAGUGCAGCGUCGCAGAUGGUACCUGCGAAGAGGUCCGCCAGGCCGUUGACUGGAAGGACCCCGUUCGCGGGCCCGAGGCCUUGAUGUACAAGUAUGUCGUCGACGUCGACGGCAACGCCUGGAGCUCGCGUUUUCGUCGUCUCCUCAAGGGAAACAAUGUCGUGCUCAAGAGCACCAUGUAUCCCGAGUGGUUCUCCGACCUCCUCGUUCCGUGGUACCACUACGUGCCCAUCCGCUUCGACUACAAGGACAUGCACGACAUCAUGGCCUUCUUCACGGGCGCUCCCGACGGCAGCACCGAGGGCCGCGACGACCUGGCAAACGACAUUGCCGAGCAGGCACACCAGUUUAUCAACCAGCACUGGCGCGUCGAGGACAUGCGCUCGUACGUCAUGCUCGUCUUCCUCGAGUACUUCCGCAUCUUCCAAGACGACCGCAAGGGCGCGUCCCUUGGCGGCGGCCGCUAG